ACAGAUAAAGCUUUCCAUGAUCCGGUUCAUUUCCGGUUCGUGUUCGCUCUUCUUCUCCACCCCUACCCAUGAUGAGUUCCUCCUCCGACAACGACGACGACCCGAAGCUCCCUCACGACGUCGCCAUCGAGGUCCUGAAGCGGUUGCCGGUGAAAUCUCUCCUCCGUUGCAAGUGCGUCUGCCGGUCAUGGCGCUCCGCCAUCGAUGACCCUCGUUUCGUGGCCCUCCACUUGAGCCACUCCGCUCUCGACGCCUCCCGUUGGCAUCUCGUGUGCCUGGAUUGGUGCGGUCCUGUCCAGAACCGGUGCUCUCUGCUGUCCCAUCAGUCUCUUGCUCUGCCUUCCCGAUCGCAAACCGAAAUUCCGUUUGUUACUACCCCUCCCGGCAGCUACCUUAUCGUUGGUUCGUGUAAUGGUUUGAUCUGCGUCACCGAAUGUUCCAGAGACGGCUAUGGUCGGGCUAUGUAUCUGUGGAAUCCGUUCACCAGAAAGCACAAGGCGGUUCGACGACCCGGUCCGGAUAUGGAGACUGGUCGUAUGGUUCUGGGGUUCGGCUUCGACGCUAGGUCGAUCGACUAUAAGAUUGUGAGGAUUCUCUAUUUUCCAGAUGAUUAUCGCCGUCGCUCUGGUCGAGUCAAGAUUUAUUCGCUCCUUACAGAUUCCUGGAGAAGUCUGGAGGGUGAGGCUCCUGCUUUUCGCCUGGACAACAGAGCGGUCUUCUUGAAUGGGAAUCUGCACUGGUUUGCUUCCUAUCGAAACGAGGGUCGAUACAGGUCAAUAGUCUCGUUCGAUGUCGCAGGUGAGGUGUUUGACGAAAUGGCUCUGUUGGAAGAGAUUUUUCCCGUGGACAGUGUCUAUUUACUGUCAUAUAUGUAUAUGGCAGUAUUGAAUGACUCGCUGGCUGUGUUCAUUAAUGGUGGGGAGGCAGUUGAUCAUCCUGAAUUGGAUUCCGUUUGUUCUGUCUGGGUUAUGAGAGAUUACGGCGUGCCGGAGUCUUGGACUAAGCUGUAUAAUUUUAAGGCUAGUGGACCGGUAGGAUUUGAUGGCUUCACAUGGAAUGGUGAGCUUCUUAUUAAAAUAUCUGGUGGAGAACAAGUUUCUUGGAAUCCGAUCACGGGACAAUUCGCUAAUCUUCCAUUAUCGACGACAUGCAAUUUGGUCACCGUCGUAGAAAGUCUCGUUUCACUUUAGAUAUGACUCGAUUGACACUAUAUUUAUCGGUAUGAAGGAUUGAUUUUGCUUGCAGAAAAGUUGAAAGUUACAUCUGAAUUGAGAAGAAAUGGUUUUAUUCAUAUAUGCUCCGGCCACAAAAUGACGAGGAUAAGUAGUGAAGUGGCUCAUAUUUACUUUUGGUACUUCUUGCAAGCUUUAGAAUGAAUAUGCUUUUUCACUUUUAAGUUUUUCUUUAGACUAGGCGAAGUGUGUUCUUUGUAUGAGUGAAAGUAUGCUAAUCAAGACUGCAUCUACAACUUUAGCAUUGCCGGUACUAGCAGAUUUUAGAUGAUGUGAAAAAGAAUGACGAAGCGUUUUGAAUGC